GAAUAAAGCAAAACCAGAUCGCUUUCAGUCUCCGCCGUCGCGUAAUCUCUAGUUUCUGGUUCUCGUUCGUCGGCGGCGAGGUUUUCGGAAAGCGAAAAGAUGGGGUUUCUCUCCAACAAGAUCUCCAGAGAUGAAGUGAAGCCAGGCGAUCACAUCUAUUCAUGGCGUCAAGCCUAUGUUUACGCUCAUCACGGAAUCUAUGUGGGUGAAGGACAAGUCAACCAUUUCACUCGAGGGGAUGGUCAAGAGACUGGGACUGGUACUUUCUUGGACAAGCUCGUUGUUAGUUCAGCCCCUAAUCAUGGAGACACCCCAUGUCCUAACUGUGGUGAUAAAACCAAGGUUGGUGGUGUCAUCUCCUCCUGUCUCGACUGCUUCCUCGCUGGAGGUGAUCUCUACGUCUUCGAGUACAGUGUCUCUCCCGCUAUCUUUCUUGCCAAGCCUCGAGGUGGCACUUGCACAAUAGGAGCUUCAGAUCCUCCGGAAGAAGUCAUUCACCGUGCAAACUUCCUCUUGCGAAAUGGUUUCGGUGUUUACAAUGUUUUCAAGAACAACUGUGAGGAUUUCGCAAUCUAUUGCAAAACUGGUUUGCUGGUGGCGAACACUGACGUGGGAAGGAGUGGUCAAGCUGCUACGAUGGUUGCAGCUGCCAGCGUUGUUAUGUCUUCACCACUCAGGUUUGUAGCCGGUUUUGGGAGUUUGGCUGUGGCGGGAUAUGGGAUGUAUUGCGUUGGUCGUUUGGUUUCAGACAUAGGGAUGCGAUGGGAUGUGAGUAAGGUGCCUGUGGAGAGACUUGUUGCUGAUAUGGAUGAUAUAGCUGGGUUGGAAACUAAACCGGAGGAGGACGAUAAGACAAGUUAA